AUGCACUCCAGAGUCCAGAGCAUGUUGCGGGCUGCGACUGUCGAGCGUUGGACCGCCACAGGAGUUCUAUUGUUAUUGGAUGACGAGAGGUUGAAGAUAUUAUGUAUUUCUGAAAUUACUAAAACAGUAAUUGAAUGUUUCCUUGUAACAGUCAACACAGAACUUGAGAUACUCACAAGUACCCACGGCUCGUGCGAGACGAUUGCCGCUUUGAUCACUUUUUUUCAUGACUUUGAAUUAAUGGAAAAGAACAAUGUGGUGGUAUCCUCGGAACUGAAACCUUAUAAAACUCAAGCCUUUUCAGUGUUCUCCGUAAGCUUUUGUUUUAUAAUUGGUCAUGUUUAUGAGAGUCAUGAGACUUGUACGCACAGACAAUACAACCUAUAUUGUCGUCUGUGCUUGUACGUAAUGGUAUUUAUUGAAGGACCAGUGUUAUGUAGAUCUGCCGAAGUGAAUGUGGGUAAAACAAUAAAAAGCCAAGUGCCGUCACGUAACAUUGUUUCGUUGAAAGGCAAGACGUUGUUUGACUUCCAAAUAGCGGAGAAGUGGGCGGCACGCGGCGCGCCCGUCGAAGAUGCACAUCAU